AUGCCUCGCUGGACCUUCGAAACCACCCCGGACGCUCUGUCCAAGGAUGAAAAAGACACUCUGGCCCAAGCCAUCACCAACAACUACGUCAGGCUAGGCAUUCCCGCAUUCCUAGUGAACGUCUUCUUCCACGAAAACCGCAUCGGCACGUUCUACAGUGGCGGCAAAACUCCUCCGAACACGGUCUUCUUCGUUCUUGACCACGCAGCUCGUGCGUUUCCCAACGAGGAGGUUCGCCUGGCUUUUAUCGACAGCGUGAAUAAAAUUGUGGAACCGAUCCUGGGACCGAAGGGCGUCAAAUGGGAAUACAAUAUCUAUGAACACCCUGCGGACAACUGGCGCGUGAAUGGAAUGAUUCCGCCGGUGCAGCAGGAGGAGCCUUGGCAACAGUGGAUGGAUCAAAAUGCGGCGGUUGAAUAUGGAGAGUAUCUGGAGAAGAAUAAAUGA